CCAAAGCUGCGUCAGAAAAUAGGAAUCCAAGCAGCCUUGAGCUCCCCAAUCAACUCUUUGGUCGAAUCGGCACACACUGCCCACCCACGGAUAUGUCGCAACAGCUGGGCUUUAUGGCGUGGAUUAUACUUUACAAUCUGAUCAAGAAACCGUUCCUGCAGGUUGUCCAUGUCCUUCUGCUGUCCGCACUAUGGCAUCGCUAAACCCUCGCAAGAUCCGAGCCGCCGACAUCGUUGACAUGCCUAGUAAGGUGGCUCCGCUUCCCUACCUCAACUUCCUGCGCUACCUUAAGCGUAAUUUCUUUCCACGCUACGGUCUGCGCCGUUUGCUCCGGGUGGGAUUCGCCCAAUGGACUGCGCUGAGCGAAGCCCAGAAGCGCAAGUUCGAACCGCAACGCAUCUUGGCCAGAGUCGUCCGGAAGCGACGAGUUGCUCGAAAUCGUCGGUUGGUUCGUCGCAGUCAGCGGGGUCGAAAGCAACCAGCUGCUGUCCGGCGCCCUAUUUACGACAAGCGUCCCAAACCAAUACGCCUCAAACGCAAGUAGAGACGGUAGGCACGGUAUGGAUCGAGUCCAUAGCACCUGGCGGUGGCGUUCGUUCACCCGGUGGCCAGCUAAAGACCCACUUUCAGAAAUCUUCUUUAGUUCUUCAAUUCGCAUUUACCUCUUUUACCCCACUUGGAAAUAUGUCAGAGAACCUACACAUGAUGCCACUCGCCACCGAGGAUGUUUCAGCGGAUUGACACCUGCACACUGUUAUUGUCUUGCGCAAUCUGAGCUCGGAGGAGCGUGGGCUGCUGUGAAUGGAAAUAUGCAAACAAAUACUCUGCCAGCACUUUCACUUUUCGCAUUUUGUCGGAAUGAGGGAAUGCCAGUGGCCAUUCGCCAAGGGAAGGGGAGCGGAGCGGCGAAAAGCAGCCGAUGCGAGUACUUCUGGUCUGUUUCAGUUCCAAAAUUAUACCUUUUACAUUCAUCGCCUUCGCGCAGCGGUAAUGGUUCUUUAA